GUGGAACUCAAGUCUGAACAGAUAACAUCAUCUGCUGAUUUUGUUUAUAUCAUGUGAAUGCUGCAUGUCCCUGAAUGGUCUGUUCGGUGUGAAACUGCGAAUAUUGCAUACAAAUUGUUUCAAGAGAAAAGGAGCACCGGAUAGAACUGUACUGCUCUAAACCUUUGUUCAUAUUACUGCCAAAUGUUCCGUUCUUUCUAUUUCCACUUCUUAUACAUCAAUAUCAUGUGGGUUCUGCGUUCUUUCUAUAUAACUCAUGCCAUUUGUUUCCCCGCCCCCCCACCAAAAAAAAGCAAAACUCAUGGCAUUUGUGAGCUUGCAUUCUUGAAAUAUAAUGUAAGUUCGGCAUUCUAGUGCAGUGUUAGAAAUUUUAGGUUGUUUUGAGAAUGUGUGGUCUUAGUCUAAAAAGCACUUUCCACAACUCUCCAUGUCUCAGAUCAUUGUUAGCUCACGUUCUACCUGUAGUUUUGGAAUGUGUUUGGUUCUAUGAUUGUACUACAUGCUUCUCCCUCACGGCCUUGGGAAUUGUAACCCCAUGCUUGAAGUUGUCAGGGUGUAGCCAUUAGCCAAAUAAAGGUUCAGAAAAAGUGAGAUCUGCCGUAAGGAUAGGAGACCAACAGGAAGAUUUAAGCUUGAUAUUCCGACAAGCAACUAGACCAACCACUUGGAUGGUAUGCUUUCAUCUCCAGCUGUCAUUUGUUUAGGCCUUUCCAUGUGGGUGACAGGCACACUUUUAAGAUGGUGUAAUAAAAGCUUGACGUUUGCACUGUUCCACUCUCCUUUUUAGUAUAGUCAAAUCAAGUACUCCUAGAUCCAGCCUAGCGGCCAUUUUGUAUCUUAGAAUAAUCCUUUCAUGCUUAUGGCCUUAUGCAGGGCUAGAGUUUCUUAAUUCCCAUCAAAAUACAAGUACAAUGUCUUAUAAUUUGGAUAUCUUUGCUAUUUUCAGUUGUGUUUCUCAUGUUUUGCUAUUUAGAAUUUGGCCCUGUUGCUGAUAGGUAACAAAAUUACUACGUUUAUGAGAUUUGUAGCAUCAGGGGAAAAAACAAAAUCUCAUGGUAGCCCCCUCCCCCCUGAGAUCUGUAGGAUUUAAGGUAGUAAGUUAAGUCACAAUGGGGCUGUUCUUCAUUAAUCAUUUCCAUCCCUCACAUGUGCAGUCACAAAAGUUAAUUCAUUGCUGGAAGAAAUGAAUCGGUGCUGUUCAUGUGCUCACAUGGGUACUCUAGAUCUCAAAAGCUUUGCUUGUACUAUACUUUGAGUCUUUGACCAUAUUUGUGCAAGUUAAAUUGUAACGGCAGCCUCUAACCUAGUCUUUUCUCCCCAUGAAUCAUGGUUUAAUCUUAUGGCCAUUCUUCCAAAAUGGCCCGCAACUUCUGUUAAUUGUUGCUAAUGCGAUUUAAGAUUGGGCACAUAAUCUUCACAGUUCCAUAAUCUUUGGGCGCCAGUGUGCAAAUUCUAUUCAAUACAUUUGUCUCUCCCAACAUGUUAGGAUCUUGUUACACAUUGAGCGCUAAAAGGGGCAUAGUUUGAUAUCUCAGAGAACUAAAGCUCCACCUGAGGCUGGGUGCAUUACAUGUAAGUAGGUUUAACAAAUUAUUAUUUAUAAACUUGUAAUUUGAAAAUGAAAAAAAUACAAUGUAUUAAUCUUUUCUAACAAUCCCAGUUGUUUUUUCCAUUGACAUGAUGCAUAACUGAAACUUGUUCUGUGUAUUCAAGAAAAGGCAUAACUGAACCUUAAACCUAGGUCUUUGUUGCAUAGUUGGACGUGUAAUUAUUGUCAGUUUCAACUCCACCUUUGACAUAUAACUUGUUCUCAUGCAUAAUUGACACUGUUAUACAUUUCUAAUUUUAAUGUUGGUAUGAUUUGGGAUGCGUGGUAUUGCUUGCUUUCUUUUUCUACAUAUUAGUUUACCACUGAAGCAUACUACAGUCCACCUACUAGCAUGUGUUACUAUGCGAGGCAUCAUGAAGCAUGUUAUCAUUUAAAAAUGGCCCUACUGCUAAUUGCUAAAUAGUUAUGAUCUAUUACAAAUAGGACAAGCAUUACUGUGGAACAAGAACUCUUUGACUGGUCCGUUGUGACUUGUUGGAGGCACAGGACCAAGGACUCUUGUUAUCAUUUGGUCAUGGAGAUGGAACCAAAAUGAAGAGGAUUCUUGGGGAUCACAUGGUCCUAUUCCGAGAGGUCGAUGUCGCCAGCUCACACUACUAACAAACCCGUCUAGUAUCAGUCAAAUGAUUUUGGUACCUACCUUCUUCACCUGUUGGUGCCCAUCUGAUUCCACUUCUGGACAUUGUUAAGCUAUCCAGUGUUUCUAAUGGUAACUGCGUGUCAGUGUACAGUUGAACAGAGCUCUUAACUUCUUCUUUUUACUUCAAGCAUACUUAUCAAUUUGUAAGGAAGGUCGCUUUCUGGGAUCAUCUACUGUGUUCUUCAGGUCCUCAACAUCUAGUCUUUGCAGGCACUGCUGGUCCCUAAUCCAGGGCAAGAAAGCUACCACCGGCCUACACCCUGCAAGGCGGCCAGACUGUACGGUUUUCUUGUUCAUUGGUAUUCGGUUCAUGAACAAAUGCCUUCAAUUCCCUUGUCCCGCAUGCCUUCGGACUGUUGCCCGGUAUGAUUUUGUGUGGUGUGGUGGAUCAUCAUUUGUUCAAUGAAGAAAAGGACUGAUGUCUUGGACGAAUUGGAACCCUGCUAAUCUCCACGCAAUCAUGGAUGGAUAUUUGGGAACGCACAAAAGUCACAGUGACACACUGGCCAUGCUGCUUAACGCUGAUCCAUGGUGACUUGGCAAAAAGAAACAGAAAAGGGACAGUCAACAUCCUGUGAACUCAAUCAUCAGCAUUUUACCACGGGCGGUGCUAAACAACUGCAGCGCUCAUCUACCCGAGCUCCACGUCACGCAUCUCCCUCCUUUAUAUAGGCGUCUCCCUCCUCAAGCGCCACUCCACCCUUGAGCCGUAACAGUGACCUGUUUCUGAUUCAAUUCAACAACGAGCCCGUUUCCUGCUCACACAACCACCUUUUAAACGCCUCAUCACCUCCAUCCUCGCAACUCGAAGCGAAUUGAGCUCACAGUGGAGAAGGGAGAGCACGAGAGGGAGCAGAAGCGCGCGAGGAGAGGCCACGACCACCACCAGAGCGUCAAAAUGGCAUGCAUCAACAUGUACAACCCGGACGGCGGCGCGGCGUUCGGGGGCGGCCAGCCGCCGGCGCUGGGCCCGCGCAUCUCCUUCUCCAGCGACUUUGUCGUCGAGCCACCGCCGCCGGUGCAGAACCGGGCGAUGAACCUGCGGUGCCAGGAGGAGGAUAUCAACUUCGAGUUCUCGGUGGGUAGCCACCCCAUGAUGGCCGCCGACCAGCUCUUCUCCAAGGGCAGGAUCCUUCCCCUCAAGGACGGCGGCUUCUCCUCCGGCCGGCCUCCCACCACGCUCCGCGACGAGCUUCGCUGCGACGACAGGGCGUCGGCCAAGGGAUCCAGCCGGUGGAAGGAGAUGCUCGGCCUGCGGAAGCCUCUCUGCGUCGGCGGCGUCAAUGGCACCGCCAAGAAGAGCACCACCGUCGACACCGAGAUGGUCACCGACGUGGCCGAUUCCAAGCAGGUCAGUGAGCCAUGAUUGGCAGUCCACCAUGCCACACACAUGGUACGCAGUUCAUUAGUACACGGAUGUAUGAUAGGUUGUCUCAUUAAGGAUCCUUUGAUGCACUGCAGGAGCAAUGAGAUGACAUAUAUGGGACUCAGCCAAAACACACAUGGAACUCUCGUCUCUGUCUCAUAUUGUGACCAUCCUCUUGCAUUGUACUUGUCUCAAAGGCUAGUUUUUGUAGAUGAUUGUGCUCGGUUGCUUGUGUGCUAGAUGGCCAGUGUGUGCUGAAGAGCAAACAAUUGUGUUUUUUUUUUCUUGCAUAAGUGCUGUCUCUCUAGCUAGCUGUCCACUAGAUCCAUAUCAGUCUUUGCUUCCUCUUUCUUCUUUUUUUUUUUGUUUCUUUUUUCCCCCUCCACCCUGUACAAAAUGCAGCGCUUGUGUAGAUCGAAAAUUUUAUGGUGCAAUCAUUAGUCUGCCAGAUGGCCAGAUCUGUGAAGAGAGGAUAGCCUAUAGUGAUGGAGCCUUUCUGGCCUGUGGGGAUCAACAGUGCUCUCCUUUGUCU